UUUUAUUUCAUUGUUUAUAUUUAUUCUCAUUUUGAUGUUGUACAGUUUGUGUUAUUUUUUAUCUUUAAAGAUUAAAUUUACAGUUUGAAGAUUUAUUUUACACAUUUUAGUUGUUCGUGAUGUCACCUUUUAACCACAAAUUCCUCCAAAUAUAAUUUUUUUAACUUAUUUUUGGUUAAUUUUCACAUAAUUUUAUUUUAAAAUAUUGAUUUUAAUUGAAUUUCUUAAUGUGCAGAGAUUUGAUUUUAAAUGUAUUCAGAUGAUCGUGACACGCUCCUGACUGAGCAUUUUAAGCUCCAAAAAGAUAUCAUCGAUAUCCAAUCACAGAUUCGGAAGUUGGAGAAGACGAAUAGAUUCCUAGACCAGCAGAAUCGUCAACUUAGACUACAGUUAGACUCUCUUGCCAACGGUACUCGUCUGAAAGAACCUGAGAAAUCCCGUAGUUUAUUCCCAACCAUACCCUUGUCCCGCCUACUGAAUAAGGAAUACUUGGUUGAAACGCUUAACAGGGCAGCUGAAAUCUCUUCAGAAAUCUAUGACGUAGCCUCUGGCGAGAUUGUAAGACAUGCAAAGUGUGUUGCAGAUGAAGUCGCCUGUAAAUUAUUACCCUCAAAUCUUCAGUUAAACACUCAGAGACAGAGUUCUAUCAACUCUAAUCCGAGCCUUGAUAGUCUCAGUGAUAUGGAACAUGCGUUUUCUAGCAUAAGUGCCAUUAGCAGCGUUAUGGCAGAUGCUACGGCCAAUCUCUCAAGUAAUGAAUCAAGUGAUGCUAAUCCCUUACCUUCUGAUGAAGAAUUUACUUGA